CUAUAAAACACCUGCUGGCCCCGUGGCACAGACACAGCCGAGCCCACCAUGGCCAAGGUGCUGCCUGCCUGCCUGCUCCUGGCCCUGCUGCUCCUGGCCCCGGCCCUGUCGGCUCAGAAUGAGCGGGGGCUCUUCUUCGACCUGGAUGUUGGGGAGCUGUGCAUGCAGAGCGCCCAGUGCAAGAGCGGCUGCUGCCACCGCCGCAACGGCCUCAGCCUGGCCCGAUGCGCUCCCAAAGCAGCCGAAUUCCAGGAUUGCUCCCCCAAGAACAUCUAUGGGGUCUACUACAAGUGUCCCUGYGAGAGAGGCUUGACCUGUGACGCCGAUAAAACCAUCGUGGGCUCCAUCACCAACAGCAACUUCGGUCUCUGCAAGGACCCCCAGGACUCGUACAGGCGGUGAAGAAAGAGACCCCCCUGUACCCCUCUGUGCUGCCCCUGCCACCCUGCCCUUCCCACUCUCCAGGGAUGCCUGGAGCUCUGGGGCAAUUUGAGUAAAGAGCAGCUUCUGCCAAGCUGCAAG